CCCCGACUGGCCAGGGCCGGCGCCCGGUGCCCAAGUCGCCCCCGGGGUGGCAGUUCCCGUUAACCUUAGCCACAAAGUCAAAGAAAUUAUGUUGACUUUUAUCAUGGGAUUUUAUGAAGUUUUCCACUCUUUUUUUAAAAAAAAGAUUUAUUUUAUUUUAUUUGAAAGGAAGUUUUACAGAGAGGCAGAGGCAGAGACAGAGACAGAGAAAGAUCUUCCAUCAGCUGGUUCACUCUCCAAAUGGCCUCAACGGUUGGAACUGCACUGAUCUGAAGCCAGAUGAUGGGCUGGUGAUGAAGAUGAAGCAAGAGAAGCCCGAGUGGCUGCUGCAGACGCUGGCGCCGCAGGCGGAACUCUCCGAGAAGGACAAGGAAAACAUUUUCCACCAGCGUCCGAGCCUCUCGCCAUGCCAGACCACGGGGAAGCCUAGAGCCUUGAGGGAGCAGGAGGAGACUGGUGGUCCACGGUGGGCCCCUCCCACUGAGCAGGAUGGGGGGCUGGCAGGCCGGGCUCCUGGUGCUGCUCCCGGCCCCCUGACCCCCGCGCUUUCUGCCGGCGAGGGUCACUUUGUGUGCCUGGACUGCGGGAAGAGGUUCAGCUGGUGGUCGUCCCUUAAGAUUCACCAGCGCACCCACACCGGGGAGAAGCCCUACCUCUGCGGCAAGUGUGGCAAGAGCUUCAGCCAGAAGCCGAACCUGGCGCGCCAUCAGCGGCACCACACCGGCGAGCGGCCCUUCUGCUGCCCCGAGUGCGCCAGGCGCUUCAGCCAGAAGCAGCACUUGCUCAAGCACCAGAAGACCCACUCUCGGCCCGCCAUCCACUCGUGCCCCGAGUGCGAGCGCUGCUUCCGCCACCAGGUGGGCCUCCGCAUCCACCAGCGCGCGCAUGCCCGGGACCGCCAGGGCGCGCGCACCAGUCUGCACGAGCUGCUCCGGGAUUCAGCGGCGCGCCGGGCCAGUCGCCUGCGCCCAGGGCCACCGCGGGGACGCCCCGAGUGGGCCUGGCUGGGGCUGUGCCAGGGUUGGUGGGGCCGUCCGGGGACACGGACUGCAGGCCCCGGCCCCUCGGGUCCCGGCGAGCAGCGCCAGUUCAUCUGCAACGAGUGCGGCAAGAGCUUCACUUGGUGGUCGUCGCUGAACAUCCAUCAGCGCAUCCACACGGGCGAGCGGCCCUACGCGUGCCCGGAGUGCGGCCGCCGCUUCACCCAGAAGCCCAACCUGACGCGGCACCUGCGCAACCACACGGGCGAGCGGCCGCACCCGUGCCUGCACUGUGGGCGCAGCUUCCGUCAGAAGCAGCACCUGCUGAAGCACCAGCGCACGCACCUGCCGGGCGCCCAGGCCGCGCCGUGUCCCAGCUGCGGGAAGAGCUACCCCAGCCGCGCAGCACUGCGCGCCCACCUGCGUGCUCACUCCGCCGCCGCCGCCGAGCUGCCGUGCCCCGUGCCCGCUGUGACAGGUGCAGAGCCGAGCUGCGAGCCCAAGGCUGAGGAUCUCCUGGGCGUGGCCGCGCAGCCGCGCAGUGCUCAGCGGCCCCAUGGGGUGGAGGGCGGGCUGUGGGGCCGAGGGGCUGGUGAGCCGCGCCAGUUCAUCUGCAACGAGUGUGGCAAGAGCUUCUCAUGGUGGUCGGCGCUCACCAUCCACCAGCGCAUCCACACGGGCGAGCGGCCGUACCCGUGCCCGGAGUGCGGCCGCCGUUUCAGCCAGAAGCCCAACCUGACGAGACACCGGCGCAACCACACGGGCGAGCGGCCGUACCUUUGCACUGCCUGUGGCCGUGGCUUUAGUCAGAAGCAGCACCUACUGAAGCACCAGCGCGUUCACCGCGGAGCCAAGGAGGAGGCUCUGUAGGGCACCUGGUCCUGGGCAGCCCCGUGGUGGUGGUGGGGAUAUUUACAGGGGUGCGCGUGGGAAGUGAGGAUGGCGGGGAAUGUUAGGCCCUCGCAGGUGAGACCCCAUCAAAAAGUGGUUUCCUUGGGACUCAAGCACUCAGAACUCCAGCACCAUCCCAAGGGGUGCCAGGAAAAGAUCCCAGGAGGUGCUGAGGGCCAAGGGAGGAGGUAAAAACCAGCGGUCUUCACCCUGGGCCUGGAUGUAUCCAUGAUGGGCUAGGGUUGCCCGGCUAGCCUCUUAAGGUGGCUCAGAGUAAGGAAGUUGCUGGCACUCUAGAGGGACUCGUGGAUGAAGUGGCCCAAGUGUGGACCAGUGCAGCAUCAGCCAGUCACACUUGGCCUGCAGGAUGGCCAGGGGGCUGUUCCCUGGGAGAGUCCAAGGAGACUGAUUCCAAGAGUGGAAGUGGAGACUGUGGCUAGCAAGGGGCAAUGACAUCUCCAGCAUCAAGGACAGUGCCAGCACUUCAUGGCCAUUCAAUAAAAUAUUUUUGGA